AUGAAAGAACGAAUUUUAACAAAUAUCGAGAAGUCAUUUGUUCAAAAAGCGAUUUUGGAAUCAAUCCGCGUCGAUGGACGAACUCUAGAUGAAUUUCGCAAGCUACGGAUAAACUUUGGUAGCGAAUGGGGCUUGGUACAUGUAAUCCUCGGAGAAACCAGAGCAUUGGCUCGGGUGACUUGCGAAGUGGUGGAACCAAAAGCGACGCGUCCCAACGAAGGUAUGCUCUUCGUAAAUGUUGAGCUUGGGCCGAUGGCAGCACCACACUUUGAUGGCGGUCGUCAGUCAGACGAGAGUGUGCAACUUAACCGCAUUCUUGAGCGUGCAUUGAAGGAUUCUGGAUGCGUAGACCUGGAAUCAUUGUGCCUGGUCGCUGAGGAAAAAGUUUGGAAUAUGCGUGUCGAUGUAACGGUGUUGAAUCACGAGGGAAACGUUAUUGAUUGCGCCUCGAUAGCUGCCUUAACUGCAUUGGCCCAUUUCAAAAGGCCUGACAUUACUGUUGACGGCGAAAACGUAAUCGUUCAUACGAUGGAAGAAAAGGAACCAAUCAAGGUAACUCUCUUCCACUAUCCUAUUUGCGUGAGCUACGCUAUCUUUAACCAGGGAAAGGUAGCUAUUGCCGACCCUACAUAUCUGGAGGAACGAGUUGCCGAAGCAAGAAUGGUAUUUGGUAUCAAUUCUUACGGUGAACUCUGUGGCCUGCAUCUGGGAGGUAUAACGCUAACGAGCGCCGAUCUGUUGUUACGAACGUCCAUGAAGGCUAGCAAACGUGCACGGAUAGUAGUUGAGAAGAUCAAAACCGCUAUCCAAAAAGACUGCGAAGACCGCGAGAAAGGACUGCCUGUCGGUUUUACAGAAGGGAUUGAUAAGAAUGACACUACAGUAAAUGCGCAGGAUAGGCUCCAGGUGCGAUUGAAGCGAUUCAAGCUCAAAAUCGAUGGAGGAGACCAUUCAGAUUCGGCUGAGGAAGACGAUAUGAUCGAUGAAGAUACUGGCAAUACGACGGAAGUUAUGGAAAAUGUUACAAUUGAUUCGAAAGACCGAUUGAAUGACCAGAACAACAUGGACACCUCCGAUGCGGUGGUAACGAUCGGCGAUAAUGCAGCCGUGUUGCUCCCAAUACCCAAAGAUACAUCUAACCAGUGGCUGACGGAAGAGGAACUGAUGGUGGUUAAGAAAAAAGCCAACAAAAAACGAGCAAAAGCAAAUUUAAAAGAAAAGAAAAAAAGUAAUACCGCCAAAACGGAAGUUGCUGUGAACGCGAACAGCGGUAGUGAUGAAGACACUAUAAUGCUUACAGGAGCUGAUCUAUGAAUAAAAGAACUCGUUGAAAUGAUUUAGUAUCUGCUUGUUAGUGAUUUAAGUUUAGCAUGCUUAUGAUAUAGCUAUGCAUUUAAAAGCGUGUCAUAAACCGACAGUACGC